CAAUCGAGCAGCUUGUAGACUGCAAAGAUGGCGCACUUCACAUACAGCAGAUUGUUUAAUUGUUUAAUGUACGUAAACAAAUCCUCGGCUUUAUGGAACCGACCGGAAAUAAACCCCGCGUCGGCACUGGGGGGACAGUUUAUACGCUUCCAGAGGUCUGUGGACGGCAAGGCCUUACAAGAAAGACAGAAGCAGCAGAUGGCCCGAGGUCUUCCCAAGCAGAAGCCCAUCUCGGGGGUCAAGCAGGUUGUUGUGGUUGCUUCCGGUAAAGGCGGCGUGGGCAAGUCCACCACGGCAGUGAACCUGGCACUGGGAUUGAUGGCCAAUGAUCCGUCGAAGACGGUCGGUCUGCUGGAUGCUGACGUGUACGGCCCGUCCAUUCCUAAACUCAUGAACCUGAAAGGAAACCCGGAACUGACGGACAGCAAUCGGAUGCUGCCGCUGACCAACUACGGAAUACCUUGCAUGUCCAUGGGCUUCCUGGUGGAGGACGUGGCCCCCAUCGUGUGGCGGGGCCUCAUGGUGAUGCAGGCCAUCGACAGGCUGCUCAGACAGGUGGAGUGGGGCUCCUUGGACUUCCUGGUCAUCGACAUGCCGCCUGGGACAGGUGACGUCCAGCUGUCAAUCUCCCAGAACAUCCCAGUCGCAGGUGAAUGUGCGGUCAUCGUGUCCACGCCGCAGGACAUCGCUCUGCUGGACGCUCGUCGAGGAGCUGAGAUGUUCAAGAAAGUUCACGUCCCGGUUCUUGGUCUGGUGCAGAACAUGAGCGUCUUCCAGUGCCCCAAAUGCAACCAUCAGACUCACAUCUUCGGAUCGGAUGGAGCCCGGCAGCUGGCAGACACGCUGGGAGUCAAACUAUUAGGAGACAUCCCUCUCCACAUGAACAUCAGAGAGAUGUCAGACAGAGGACAGCCGGUGGUCAUCUCGUCUCCCAGCAGUCCUGAGGCGGAGGCGUACAGGAAGGUGGCAUCUGCCGUCGUCCAAAGACUGACGGAGGUCAACACUUGACAGGAAGUCAGCCUGGCAGACUUCUGAGACUGAAAUAAGCACUGAUUCUUUCCUCCGUUCGUUCCACUGAAAAACAUUCUGUCAGUAUUGUCAUAUUUAAUAAAGUUAUUUAUCAAAGUGUUUGGUCUGUUGUUGCUGAAAGUUCCCAUGUUGUCACCAGCGUGGGCCAAAUAAUUAAGCCUCAUUUCCAACGAGAACAGACUUUAUUGUUACAUUUAUCAUUCGUCUAGUGUUGGUUGUGUAGUGGUUAGCAUUGCUGCCUUCCCAGCAGUUGACCCUAGGUUCGAUUCCCCUCCAACGCAAGCUUUUUUUGAGAAGCAUAGUCCAAGGAAAAAGUUAAGAUUCUCCAGACGGCAUCGGAGGAGGUCGCAGUUACAUCAGCAAACACUAGAG